AGAGGUGUUAACUAGCAGGCGGUUUACCCAAUGAGGAGCGCAGGUCGCUGAAGGGGGCCGGGCGAGGCGUCUAGAGGCGGUGGACUGUGGUCGGCUGGUGUGUGCCAUGGCGGAGCCGGUGAGGAAACGGGGCCGCCGAUCCCGGGGCGGCGGUGUCGGCCGAGGGGCUCGCGGGUCCCGGGGCGGCCGGGGCCGGCGUCCUCGCGUCCCUCGGUCUCCAGGCCGGCCCACUCUGGACUCGGUGUUUGUGGACUUGGUCAGCGACAGCGAUGAAGAUAUCCUGGAGGUCGCAACAACGCGCAGCGCUGCGGACUCGGUCGAAGUCCCUCACCCGGAGCCCCCAGUGCCGGCUGCCCCCCGGGACGACAGCGACAGUGACAGCGAAGGGGCGGACGCCCCGCCCGCCGGAGCCCCGCGGGCCCCGGUCAGGCGGCGGCGGCGGCUGCUGCUGGAUCCGGGGGAGGCACCGGUUGUUCCGGUGUACUCCGGGAAGGUGAAAAGCAGCCUUCAUCUCAUCCCAGAUCACCUGUCCCUCCUGAAACUCUGCCCUCCAGAAGCUGAGGAAGAGGCCGAUGUGGCAGAUUGUAGCAGUCCGCAUGCUGAAGAUGCCCCGUUUCCAGAUUCGCCCUGGAAGAAGAAGCUGAGGAGUAGAGAGGCAGAAGAGAAGACAAAGGAGGUGUUUCUGUUUCAAGACACCUCUCCUUUGUCUCCGCCUCCUCCGAGAACCAAAAGCAGGAAGCAUACUCGGGCACUCCAGAAGUUAAGGGAGGUGAACAAACGCCUGCAAGAUCUCCGUUCCUGCCUGAGUCCCAAGCAGCGCCAGGGCCAAGAUCACCAGAACCAAGAGGACGAGGUGGUCCUAGUGGAGGGUCCCACCCUUCCAUCGAGCCCCCGGCUCUUCCCACUGAAAAUCAGGUGCCGGGCUGAUGUGGUCAGGUUGCCCAUGAGGAUGUCGGAGCCCCUACAGAGUGUGGUGGACCACAUGGCCACCCAUCUCGGGGUGUCCCCAAGCAGGAUCCUUUUGCUCUUCGGAGAGACAGAGCUGUCCCCUACUGCCACUCCCAGGACCCUAAAGCUUGGAGUGGCUGACAUCAUUGACUGCGUGGUGCUAGCAAGUUCUCCGGAGACCUCAGAGAUGUCCCGCCUGCUCCAGCUGCGGGUGCAGGGCAAGGAGAAACACCAGAUGCUGGAAGUCUCGCUGUCUCCGGAUUCUCCUCUCAAGACCCUCAUGUCCCGCUACGAGGAGGCCAUGGGACUCUCAGGCCACAAGCUCUCCUUCUUCUUUGAUGGGACAAAGCUUUCAGGCAAGGAGCUGCCCGCUGAUCUGGGCAUGGAAUCUGGGGACCUCAUCGAGGUCUGGGGCUGAAACCCCCGCGCCCUGUUUUGACGUGCCGCCUGGACUUGGGGGAGGACAGCUGCCCCUUUUGGCCCUGUAUGGGCUUAUCUUUAAGCUGAAGCAAAAUCUGGCAGCGAACUUUGACCCCCUCUCCCGUUGACCCUGGUUUCAAGCCGUUAGUUACUUGGUUAGUUGUGUGGUUGUUCUUGCGGUCCUGGGUGGACUGUGGCUCCGCCCACUGGGUUUGCUGCGUUCGCAGCCCCCCGGGACACGGGGAAGGUAUCCCUCGCUCCCACCGAGCCCCUUUCCUUCCUGGAAAUGUUUUUAUGCAAGUGCUCCUAUUUAGAGCGAGUGGGAAUAAACGAGGGGUGGGUGUGGAUUCCAGGCCUGGGAUGUCUGGGAGCUGGGACCAGCAGUGGCCCCAGGGGGCUAGCAGGUAAAGUUUGAGGCACCUACACGAGUGUGGUUCCCCGGCCUGCGGGAAGAUAAAUGGUCCAGGCCCCACACGCGCUCACUUAAGCCCAGGCAGACAGGGUCUAGUGGAUCCUCAGCUUUGGAUGUCUUCCUCACCCCAGGACCCUUUAUAGGCACCUUCCUGAGGCACACACGUUGUUUAAGACAUAAUUGAACACCUCGAGCUCUUUUUGUUUGGAUCUCCCGAUGCUAGUCCACGAAAGGCUUCUCUGGUUUUACGGUUAUCUCUUCCCUGCUCAUGCCAACCUAAGCACCCAUUCGAGUGUGCGGAUCGCGCGUCUUUGAAUACAAACGCAUCCUCGUAAGAUGCACUGAUGUGUGUGUUGAAUACACUUUUGCCGCGUGCGGUAGCGCCGUGCUGUAGAUCUCGUGCUGUUUCUUUCCUCACUCAAUACGUGGUGCUUGUUCUACGUGGGAUUCAUCGCUCGAAGGGCUCGUUGGUGUUCCUCAGGGGGCCUCGGCUGCAUCUUAUACGUUCAUGGGUCUCCUUCCGCGCUUGCGUGGCGGGUUCUCCAACAUAAGCCCCCAGGAUGGGAUUACGGGGCGGACGGGUUAAUUUCCCUGUGGUUCUACCAAAUUUUUCUCACGAAUG